AUGGGACCCGUCAAAUUUAAUGGAGCUGUGAUGGAUAACACCUCCAUCUUUCGAGCCGAUCCGUCUCCAGAAGUCGACGCUGCUUGGGAUCUUCUCUCGGCGGAAGGCUUUGAGAUCAUCACCGUCUCGUCAGACGCAAUCUCCCUGUCAGGUCACGAUCCAAGGCUGGGCGUCAAGGCACCAGCAUCUUGGUUCGUUCCGGACAGCGGUAGGCCUAGAAGUGUGCACCAUCAAUCUUCGACCGACGAGAACGGCGCUCAAUACAUCGCACAAAUUGACGUCUUUCACCAGAUCCACUGCCUCGAUCAACUUCGCCGACAGAUAAAUUACGACUAUUACUACGGGGACAAAUGGGGCGACAACCCGCCUCCACAGCACAUGUCCCAUGUCAAACAUUGCAUUCACAUCUUACUGCAGAACCUUAUGUGCCAUGCUGAUGUUGAUAUUGUGCCGCAUAACUGGGUCCAUUAUCCCGAUUUACAUCAAAAAGGUCGACCGUAUGCAGAACCACUGGCGGAUUUCAGCAUUGUCAAGCAGUGCAGGGAUUUUGAAGAACUCUUGAGUUGGGCGAAACAGAAUGUUGUACCAGAUCUGGCUCACAAGUGA